AUGAGGAUUUCAGCAAGAGGAUUGAAGAUAGCGUGGGGAGACACUGCGCGUUAUUGGAAGUGGAAACCUGAAUCCAACUCCAGGUUUCCAGAGGUUGCUGAACUCGUGACGGUGUGCUGGUUGGAGAUCCAAUGCAGCAUCAAAGCCCGAGCUCUCUCCCCGAAAACAACAUACUGCGCAUACCUCAUCUUCAACAUAACUCGGGGAUCAUAUGGCCUCACAUUUCCACCCCAAGAGUCGAUUAUCAAGCUUGGAUCGCACGUCUCCAAACAAAACGUAUGCCUGCAACCUGAUGAGAGCGACCCUCCUCAGCCGCGACUGACGCUGCUGGGCCGCUCAGCGUCGUUUCGAGUGCCACCGCGGGGCUCGGGGACUCAUGGGCCUGUUAAAAGCCCGUGUAGAAGGGACGACGGGUGGAUGGAGGUGGAGAUGGGGAGGUUCUUCGUCGACGAGGGGCAGGAGGAGAAUGUGGAUGUAAGCAUGAUGGAGGUAGGAGGAGGGCAAUGGAAGAGGGGGUUGGUUAUCCAAGGGAUUGAGCUGAGGCCUACGCAAUAGCGAAGCGAAGAUAACGCGUACAUAAUGUUCGAUGAUCUGGACUGUCGUGGCCUAGAUGCAUGUCAGGCCACCAUCGAACAUCGUGGAGGAACGCAUCUGCCCCUGUUCACUCUCGGAUAUACGUACUUAUUUUGCUUGCACCUGUCAACAUACUUAGGGCUAAGGAUGCACAUAAUGUUGGACAUGUUUGUAUAGAAAAAAUACAUUGUUUGAGCCUUUUCCUAUCUAUGCUAUUCCCGCAUAUUGU